GCUCAGUCUCAAAGGUGCAGCCAACUCUGUUUUCUAACCAACUGGCAAUGAAUGAUGAUACACAACCUGAUUCCAAAGACAGCGGAGAAUAUGAAGAUGACUUUGAAAAAGAUUUGGAGUGGUUAAUCAAUGAAAACGAGAAAAGUGAUGCCAGUGAGAAAGAAGAGGAGGAGUAUGUUGCUGGUAGGUCUGAAGACACUAUCCAGCAGGACUUAGAGAAAGACCUAGAUCCAGCCAGUCCAGAAUCGACCCCCAACCCCACAGCCCCGUGGAAAGAUGAGGCCCCAGCAUGCAGAAAUGACUACAUUUCCGUGCCCAGUAUCCAGGCCCCUGAGCCUGCGUCAGAUUCAGACAGCGAAGGCUCCCUAGACGCCAGGCCAGAUGAGGAUGAGGAUGAGCAGGUGCGCAGGUACAUCAUGGAGAAGAUCACUCAGGCUAACAGGCUUCUACAGUGUCAGGACCCUGUGAAUGAGAAGCGUAGUCGGAGACUCAAGUUCAAAGACAAGGUGGUGGACCUGGAAGUGCCCCCACUGGAGGACUCUGAGGCCUCCCUGGACAACCCUGAGCAUGAUGGCAGCACCAUGUCAGGCCAGCUGUCCCGGCUCUGUAUCUCUGGUGGGCCAGGCCCUGAGAUGCCACCAGAUAAGGACCUCUCAGAAGAGAGCAAGGAUGGGAAGGUGCUGGUAGAGCGUGACGGCAAGUUUGAGCUGCUCAACUUCCGGGACCUUGAGAGCCAGGGGCUGCCCUCAGCUGUCCCCCCUGUGCCGGAUUCAAAUGGUGACAUCCAGGUGGACUGCAGCCACCUUGCCAGCCCCUCCAGCAGUGAAGCCGGGCAGGAAGAGCCUGUGGUAGUGCUCUCACCUGCCUCCGCACCACCACCGCCACCGCCUCAGGCCUCCCCACCGCUGAUGCCCAGUGCCAGGCCCCGCCCUGCCUCCAGCACCCCAGCUGACAUGUAUAAGGGAGUUGAGAAGUUUCACCCCCGUGCACAGUCUGCGUAUCUGUCACCUGCCUCAUCCACCUACUGCCUCUCCCCCCAGCAGAAGGACCUGCAGAGGCGGCUGGAGCAGAAGCGGGCCAAGCUAAAGCGAGAGGAAGAACAAAAGAGAAUAGAGGAAGCGAAAGAGAAGAGGAAAGAGAAUGAUCAAGUAUUUAAGGCAUGGCUGCAAAAGAAAAGGGAGCAGGUCCUGGAGAUGCGUAGGAUUCAGCGGGCGAAGCAGAUGGAGAACCUCAACAGCCGGCAGGAAAACCGAGAUCCCCAGCAUGCAUUUCGCUUAUGGCUGAAGAAGAAGCAUGAGGAACAUCUGAAAGAAAAAAAGACAGAAGAGCUUCGAAAGCAAGAGGAGUGCUUGUACUUUCUGAGAGGGACUGAGGGCCGUGAGCGGGCCUUCAAGCAGUGGCUAAAAAGAAAACAGAUAGAAAAACUCACCCAGCAACAGAUGGCCAAAGAGCGAACGAGGCAGCUCCGGCUAGAGGCCAAGCGAGCUAAGCAGCGCCAGAACAUGUGUGUCCCCGAAGCCAAGUCAUUCCGUUAUCCUGACCCUUACAAGUGAAGGUGACUAUUAAA